CAUAAAUCGGACUCCGAGGAGCCAGGAAGUAUGCAGCGCGACAGAUAAAGUCGAGAGAGCGGGCGUUUGUUGUCAGUGGACGGGGAUCACACGCUUCAGGGUGAGAGGGAAUUAUAGCAGAGUGCGAAAUUGAGCCUAAUCCAUUGCAGUGGCAGAGACUGACCACUCAGUAGUUUACAUUUGAAAGCGUGGAGAGAUCACGACCCUGUUUACAAUUAGGUAAAUAUUACGUUAGCACAUUGCUACGAAACAAGACGGAAGAGAAUAGAAGCGGGAUUGCUGUUAUUUCACGGCAAAGGUUUGUCUUGCUCACAAAACAAUUAGAAUCUAGGAACAUUUCUCAGCAAAGCUUCAAGAUGCCUCGGGUGGUCCCGGAUCAAAGGAGCAAGUUUGAAAACGAAGAAUUCUUCAGAAAACUCAGUCGGGAGUGCGAGAUCAAAUACACAGGUUUCCGAGACAGACCGCACGAGGAGAGGCAAGCCCGGUUUCAGAACGCUUCUAGAGACGGUCGCUCAGAAAUAGCUUUUGUGGCGACGGGCACCAACCUCUCGCUGCAGUUCUUCCCAGCCAACUUGCACGGGGAGCAGAGGCAGACGCCCACACGAGAUUAUGUGGACUUUGACCGGGAGACGGGAAAGGUGUACCUGAAGGCCCCUAUGAUCCUGAAUGGAGUGUGUGUGACCUGGAAGGGCUGCAUAGACCUGCAGCGCUUGGAUGGGAUGGGCUGUCUGGAGUUCGAUGAGGAGAGAGCACAGCAUGAGGAUGCCCUGGCGCUAGCAUCCUUUGAGGAGUCGCGUAGGAGGACCCGGGACUUUGAGGACAGAGACCGCUCGCACCGAGAGGACCUGGAGGACCCUGUGGCAUCAAAAAUCUGGGACUGAUGGCAUUCAAGGACCAGGUGGGACGUGUGCAGGUCAGGACAUCCUACCAGGGUAUAAGCUGGAAGACUGGAAGACAGACCCCCCACACACACUUUCCCCCAGUGCCUAAUGGAGAACAGACCUCCACACACACACCACCCACCCACACCGUGCUGCCGGAGGAGUACGCUGCAAGGCCUGCUGGGACAUAUCUGCCACAGCUUGGCAGCACAUGAUGAGGGAGAGGGAGGGAGGGAGAUCUGAAGCAGGGCUUUCAUGUUCACAUCUAGUAUUUCUUACCUCAGAAACAUACCUUCCAGCUCCCUCAGGAAUAAUUGUCUCUUUUCUUCUGAAAAUCUAUAAGGCAAUGCUCUUUAUGGAGAUAUUAUGUAUUGGUCAAAGAAAAAUAACAUAUAAUUAUUUUUUCUACUGACAUUGAGCCUGGAGGAGAUAGUCUCAAACAGAACCGUGUGUGGAAGGUGUGCACGUCGUCAAUGUAUGACAUAUACUGUAUUCUAACGGAAGACUUUCCAUGUGUUUCAUUCUCAAAUACUGACUGUGGUGGAAACAUGAAACCCCCUAAUCAUUUUCAUUACAUUUAAAUGGUUUUUAAAAAAAAUCCAAGUUACAGUAUGUCGUCUCAUAAACUGCUGUGAUCCAGAAUUUUCUGAUUGGACUGUAGCAUUUAGCGAUUUCUUUAAUUAGUGAAUCCCCUUGCUCUGCUGUCAUCUCAGGGAAGGAGAUAGAUGCUAUUGUUGGUUUUAUUUUAGAUAAAGAUUUGCAUUUGGACAUCAGGACCCUGUUUUUAUGUGAUAUGGGCGCCUGGCCCUUGAGUACAUUCAGCCUUUGCAUUUCUGUGGUCUGAACUUCUACUCAGUCCACUAUAACUCAAGGCCAACAGCACAAUGACAGUCUGCCAUCAGUGGUAGCUGGGAGGCCUCUUAAGGGUUUAGAAACCUGUCAUUUAGUUCAGAAAUCACAGCUCUUCUCUAGCAGGGAUGUCAGUGUCAGCUCUUGAGAAUGUAUGUCUAAGUACAGCAUAUAAGGUUAAUUCCUCUGCUGUGUGGCCUGUACUUGUUCUGAUCACUGUAUAAUGAAUAUGUAUAAUGAAUAUUGUCCAGGUUUGAUGUUUUUCCUGUGUGUGUGCAUGCGUGCGCAUGUGCAUGUGAGAGCGAUUCAGGACAGGACAGUGAUGGCCAUCUAGAUGAUUGAUGAAGAUAAGAUGGAUGCAGAAGAAAUGGUCCAGUGUUCAUUAGGCCCCAUUCUGCUGGUGGAGUUAGAGGAUGAAUGAUGUGCUGCCAGUAAAAGUAUUAAUAUAGCAUUAGUAUUGAUUUUUAUUAGGAUCCCUGUCUGCCCUGCCUAAUCUCAGCUCUAUUGACUUGUGGUACAGGCUAGCGCUCUGCCGGCUGGCUCAAUGAUCGAUCACUGUGCUUGUCCUCUCCUCUCCAGCCACCCCCACCCCCCCUGUAACUACGACAGCACUCCACUCAGGGCUGAGGCUUUACUGUAACGCUUCUCCUCAAAAGAAUCAUAUUUUGUCUGUAGAGUAGUUGCUGCACUUCACACAGUAUAUUAUUACAUAUAAAAGUUGAAUACUUCCUGAUGUUUCUUUAUAUUACUCCUUAACUCUGCUUGUCUUGGAGGUUGGUCCUGUUCACAUUGCAUGGUGUGUGGCCUGAGACAUUGUUUUUUCUUCAACUAUUACCAAACCGUAACUGGUGUAUUUGGCUCACUGACUCAAGGACAGCUCUGACGCCUUCCGUUUGUAAUCUGGGUGAAUAUGAGUGAUAACUAAGGCAGAAGCAUUCGUGUGUAUGUGUGUUUGUGUGUGUGUCCAUGCAUAUGUGUGUUGUUGUUGUCAAAAUCACUCUGCAACUACUGAGUAAAACUUUGAUCGGCCAGUUCAUAAAAUCAUGUUAAGUUCAUAAAAAUCUUCUUAAAUGAUUUAUAUUUAACUAUAGGGCUAUUAAUUGUUUUGAAGACACUCUAUUUACAUUUAUGAUUCUGAAGUGGAAAAAUGGAUGAGCAUCAGUGUCUCAUUUAGGAUUAAAGUAGUAGACUGAACCAGGGUUAGAAGGAGCUAUUAUGGUGAGUCAUUUGGAUGACGACUACAUGCCAUUUCAGCUGAGAGACCAGCGUCUGCUUUCUCCCUCUGUCUGCCUGUCUGUCUGCCUGUCUGUCCUUCUGUUUCACAGAUAUCUAUGUUGGGAGAGAUGUAGACGCAGACACAUAAACAUAUGUAUCUGUGACAGGCAGACGAGUCAUUUUUUAUUUUUAAAGCAUGUUAUGUUGAAGACUUCCCCGACGACUAAUGACUGUCUGCUAUUCGGCCCAAAAAAGAAAAUCAAUUUUUAGCCUCAGCUGGAAGCUCUCUGGUGCCCUCUGCUGAAUAUACUGUAUGACAUAUACUGCACUCACUUUUGCCCCAUCUAAGGCCAUUCUCAACACAUUACACACACACACACUCAUGAUAUUGUGUGCUAUAUUAAAUCUGCCCCCCCCCUCCCUCCAUCUCUCUCUCCCUGUGCCAACAGCCCAGGCGACAGCAGGACCCCAGCCCUGGCACCAACAUGGGCAACAACGCUGAUGAUCACAAGAUUCGCUAGAGGCCAGAGAGACGCAGGGGGUGGGGUCAGGGUGACCUGUCCAUCGUACUAGGCCAGUCUCACACCCUGUCACCAAGCUGUUAACUGGAGAGACCAAAGUCCACAUUGAUAGGGAUUUGGGGGUGGGUGGGGGUGGGGCCCUAUUUAAUUUUAAGAAGGGACUGGGUGAGGUGGGUGUCCAUUUUUAAGUGUGGUGUAAGAGGAUCGACCCAAACCUCCUUGUCUUCGGGGGGGUUUUGCACUAUCUGAUACAUUCAGUUUAGUACCCACAUUGCCUUCUGUAUGCAUGGAGCACCUGCCUACCUAUGUUUUCUUUUGUCCCUCUAUGCAAGCUAUUUCGGCAGCACUUUCUUUUACAAUGCUUUAUAAAUAGGAAAUUACUGGGUGAUUAAAUGGAACACAUUUGUUCUUAAAUAAUUACAUAUUCUUCCUAAAUUGUUACAUUUCUAAUAAUUCCAAAUUUCUUCCAUCUUCCUUAUUGUUUCCCAUAAAGUUUGUUUCAAAUCAGGUAGCAACCUGAGGCGCACUGAGCAUAAAUGUAUUUCACGCUAAAUUCUAAUCUAUUGAUAAUUACAAUCAGAAGUUGAAGCAAUAACAAAGCGUCCACCCUGCCCCUGUUUGGGUAAAAAGCUGAGGGAUGGGGCUGGAGAAAUGUAACCCCUCUCAAAUUCAUAGACAGAGCUAUGGACUGACUAUCCAUAAUAUCAAAAUUAUAGUUUUAACCAUGUUUUUGAGGCUGU